AUGGUAAAUGUAGUUCUAGGUUUAGAUGCAAAAAAUCAAGCAUCACUUAUAAAGGCGAUAACGUUGGGUCUUAUAGCAUUCGUAGCGAUAGCAAGUAGAUUAUUUAGUAUAAUACGUUUCGAGAGUGUCAUUCAUGAGUUUGAUCCCUGGUUUAAUUAUCGUGCAACAAAAUAUUUGGUAUCAACAAAUUUUUAUGAGUUUUGGAACUGGUUUGACGAAAGAUCGUGGUACCCUUUAGGUAGAGUCGUAGGUGGCACGGUCUUUCCUGGUCUAAUGGUAACUUCAGCUACCAUAUACAAUGUAUUACACUCUUUAAAUUUCCCUGUUGAUAUUCGUAACAUUUGUGUACUGUUGGCACCACUUUUCUCAGCCUUCACAGCUUAUGCUGCUUAUUUAUUGACGGCGGAAAUAAAAGAUUCGUCAGCUGGUCUUUUAGCAGCUGCUUUCAUCGGGGUGGUGCCCGAGGAUUGUUAUUGGGCAUUACUAUCCAGAAAAGAUUUUAGCUUCUUGUACUUGUCACCUUGGUUGUCGAACAAUUUGAAAAAUGAAUCAUCAGAUUUAUUAUUGGGAACUUCUCUUUUCGACUACUUUCGUCCUGAUGAAAAGAUGUUGGCUCAAAAAGAUUUGACUAGAGUUAAUAAUAAUAAAUUAUCGCUUUCCAUCACAAGGUAA